CGUGCGUGGAACGCGCUGCGGUUCGGACGUGUUUCUGUUUGUUCGCGAGUGCAAAAACGGAAAUAACAUAAAGACAAACAGGCUUAAAAAAAGUGACGCACAUCCUGUGCCUGGCAGACAUAAAAAUAAGUUAUUAUUAAAUAAAAUAAUUAAAAAAGGAAGCCUACUGUUUAAAUUAAAUUAAAAUUAUUCUAAAUGCCAAUUAUCUUGUACGAAUAAUCCAAUUAACAAAAUGGGUCUCGAGUUCUUCUUUAAAUUUGGCUAUGCGUUUCUUACCAUAACGCUUAUCAUAAUGAUCUGGAUGUCCUUGGCGCGUGCCUCGCUGUUCAGUCGAGAGAUGGAGGAGACCCGCUAUCCGCCCUGCACAUACAAUGUGAUGUGCACAUGCUCCAAAUCCUCAACAGAUUUGGGCAUUGUGCAUUGCAAGAAUGUGCCUUUUCCAGCACUGCCGCGCAUGGUUAACCAAUCUAAGGUUUUCAUGCUGCACAUGGAGAGCACAGGCUUGCGCGAGAUCGAGCCCUAUUUUCUACAGUCCACGGGCAUGUAUCGGCUAAAGAUUUCGGGCAAUCAUUUAACUGAGAUACCAGAUGAUGCUUUUACCGGCUUAGAGCGCUCAUUGUGGGAGCUCAUAUUGCCGCAAAACGAUCUGGUCGAGAUACCCUCCAAGUCGUUACGUCAUCUGCAAAAGCUGCGCAUUCUGGAUUUAUCAGAUAAUCAUAUAACGACUAUACAUCACGAUUCAUUUCGUGGCCUGGAGGAAUCGCUGCAGACUCUGAUUCUGGGCCAGAAUUGCAUUUCCAUGCUCAUGACGCAUAGCUUCUCGGGCUUGCUGAAUCUGGAGACACUGGAUCUGAGCGGGAAUAGUCUGUUUGAGAUCGAUCCGAAUGUGUUUGUGGAUGGCAUGCCUAGGCUGACGCGUUUGUUGCUCACAGAUAAUAUUCUAUCGGAGAUACCCUAUGAUGCACUGGGCCCGCUGAAGAGUCUGCGCACUUUGGACAUAUCACACAAUGUCAUCUGGUCGAUGAGCGGAAAUGAAACAUAUGAUAUUAAGGCUAGCACCAAACUGAAUUUGGAUAACCUACACUUGGAGUAUAAUCACAUAGAAGUGCUGCCACCGAACUCCUUCAAGUAUUUUGAUACAGUCAAUCGAACCUUUUUUGAUGGAAAUCCCAUACAUACUCUUAAGGACGAUGCCUUCAAGCCAGCUCGCAUACGUGAGAUCUAUAUGCGAUAUUGUGGACUGACCAAUAUUUCCCCGGUGGCCUUUGAUAGCCUGGUGAAUAGCUUACAAAUUUUGGAUCUGUCUGGCAACAAUUUGACCAAGCUGCAUCACAAGCUCUUCAAUAAUUUCGAUGUUUUGAAGGUCAUUAGCAUGCGUGACAAUAAGAUCAAAAUCCCGAAGCCCACGGAAACAUUUAAUGCCAUGCACUAUACGCUGCUCAAGCUGGAUCUCAGCGGUGAUCGGAAUGAUCCAACCAAUUUACAAACUUUACGCAAUAUGACCAGAAUGCGGAACAUGCGCUCGCUAUCCAUAUCGCGUAUGGGCACCACAUCUGUGGGCCCAGAGGACUUUAAGGACUUUGGCGUCGAACUGGAGGAUCUGCAGAUCACACGUGCCAGCCUCUCGGGCAUACAGUCGCAUGCCUUUAAACAUGUGCGCGGUCUGAAGCGAUUGGAUUUCAGCGAGAAUGGAAUUUCGAGCAUUGAGAAUGAUGCAUUCCAUGAAAUUGGCCACUCCCUCAUUUCACUGAAGAUGGCGCAUGGUUACUCCGGCAGCGCCUUGCCUGCCGAGGCUCUUCGUCAUUUGACCUCCCUACAGGAGCUGGACUUCAGCAACAAUCAUAUUAGCAGCAUGAGCGAUACGAGCUUCCAUUUCUUGAAAAAUCUGCGUUUGCUGGAGCUGCAUGACAAUCGCAUUGAACAGGUGCUCAAGGGCACCUUCCAGGGCGAUAUACAUUCAAAGUUGGAGGAGAUCUCGCUGCGCUUUAAUCAUCUUACAUCCAUCUCUCAGCACACCUUCUUUGACCUGGAAGCGCUGCGCAAACUCCAGCUGGAUGACAAUAAAAUUGACAAGGUGGAGCGACGCGCUUUUAUGAAUCUGGAUGAGCUGGAGUACCUGAGCCUGCGCGGCAACAAGCUCAACAAUUUGGCUGAGGAGUCCUUUCAAAACCUGCCCAAGCUGGAGAUUCUGGACAUGGCCUUCAACCAGCUGCCCAAUUUCAAUUUUGACUACUUCGAUCAAGUGGGCACUUUAUCUAAUCUUAAUGUUAAUGUUAGCCACAAUCAGAUUAAGCAGCUAAUGUCCAACUCCUCCUGGAGUGGUCGCAAUGAGCAUGGCGGCAUCUACCACUCGAACAUCAAGAUAUUGGAUUUGUCGCACAAUAACAUCUCCAUCAUUUAUCCCGGCUACUUCCGACCCGCUGAGAUUUCACUGACGCACUUGCAUCUGGGCUAUAAUUCGCUUAUGAACACGACUCGUGAUGUGUUUGGGAACAUGCCGCAUUUGCAAUGGCUGGAUCUGAGCUACAAUUGGAUACACGAACUGGACUUUGAUGCCUUUAAGAAUACCAAACAAUUGCAAUUGGUCUAUUUUGAUCACAACUAUUUGACUGAUAUACCCCAGGAUAUUUUUAAGCCCGUGCAGAGCCUGCGUAUUGUGGACUUCUCCCACAAUAAGCUGCGCGGCUUGCCCGAUAAUUUGUUCUACAAUGGUGGCAUGGAAAAGUUGGAUGUCUCGCACAAUAUGCUCUUAAAGAUACCAUCUUCCUCGUUGUCCAGUUUGGCUGCUCUGACGCUUUGCGAGCUGCACUUGUCCAACAAUUUCAUCUCCACGAUACACAGCAUGGAUUUGUCAAAUAAGUUUAGGUCUCUACGUUACUUGGACAUUUCCUACAACUAUUUGCUGCGCAUCGAUGACGCCGUCUUUGCCACCAUGCCGAAACUGGCGGUUCUGGAUCUCUCACACAAUCGGGAUCUCAAGGUUAUGGAUAAAUCGUUUAUGGGCCUGGAGAAUUCAUUGAUAAAGCUCGGCCUGGAGAAUGUCUCGCUGAGCACUGUGCCUGAAAUACGCCUCAAGUAUCUGCGAGAAUUUCGUUUGGGUUACAAUGAGCUUCCCUCCAUACCACAGGAGCUGGCGAAUAAUAUGAGCAAUCUACGUAUGCUGGAUCUAUCAAAUAACGACUUGACCAAUGUGCCACUGAUGACGCAAUCCCUGCCACAUUUGCGUCGGCUGAUGCUGUCUGGUAACCCCAUUACCUCGCUGAACAACAACAGCUUCGAUGGCGUCAAUGAGGAUCUGGAAAUGUUGGAUAUAUCCAAUUUCCGUUUGCACUAUUUUGAGUAUGGUUGCCUUGAUUCGCUGCCACAUUUGCGCUCCCUCAAGCUGACCGCCUACUCGCACCUGGACCACUUCAAUAUACCCCAUUUGCUGCGACAUCAUCACAACAUACGGGAACUGUGGAUUGAGGCACCGCAGCCUUUUACGCGCAUCGUCAAGAAGGGCUCGGGACCCACGCAAGAAAUGCAAACCGUGCAAAUGGGCAUGCCAACGGACCUGCUGCGUGAGAUGGAGGGACAUCUGCCCUCCAAACUGACCAACAUAACGUUCAGUGGACCACAAUUCACGAAUCUUAACGAUCAUAUACUGCGGGGCAUGCGCUCCCCUUACCUUUAUAUGCAAUUGUUCAAUACCUCGCUGCAAGCCUUGCCCCCCAACUUCUUCAAGCAUAUGGGUCGUGUAAGGAAUAUUUCCUUGGAUAUACGCUAUAACAAUCACAACUUGAAGAAAAUACCAAAUCCGAAUACGGGCCAAGUGCCUUUUCUGCCGAAUAGUGUUUUUCUAACAGAUCUCAAGAUGUCACACACGGAUCUCAACUGCGAUUGCGACUUGGGCUGGGUGGAGUUCUGGCAGCGCAAGCGUCGUCAAUACAUAUGCUCAUCGCAGACCUGGACCGAUACGGUUUUCCGCACCUUCAUGAAUUCGCCGUGCCAGGUGUACGGACGCCACAAUUGUGACGAUCAUGACGAUGAUUUGCGUGAGACGCGUUGUGAUAACAAAGGCGGACAGCAGCUACUUGAGGCUCUGAAGUUCGAUCUGGAAUGCGGUUGGGAUAAUGCCAAUUGCAGGGAAACUGCCAUCGUUAUAAUUUCCGUUUGCUUGGCAUUUGUGUUCUGGAUGUGACUUCUGUACUUUGCAUAUAAGACGUCCACCGACUUUUACGAUAUUCUAGAGCAAAUCUAUGGCAGGCAGGUCAUAUAGAUUUUGCGAAACUGAACAUCUAGAAAUUAAGCGUGAUGAGAGACUUUUUCCUAAAAACCUGGUUUUUAUGUUCUUUCAAAUCCAAUUCUGAAUUCCUUUGAACCAAUCUUUAGAGUCCUUGGUAACGCCUUAUAUGUAGCUAACCUCAACUCACCCAUACACACCUCUGCACUCCAUUUCUCUGGCACUCAUCUUAACUUAUGGUAGUUAUUAUUAUAUACACGUUAAUUAUUUUCUUUUUCUAUAUUAUCCAGCUAUAUACUUAAUCCUCCGAUUUAUUAUUAAUAUAGAAAUACUUAAGUUAGGUCACUUCGCUGCUUAAACAAUUCCAAUUGAAAGUCUGUAAAAUGUUUCAUAAACAUAAUAAAUAUUUACGGUAGGUUAAAUGGGCUUCUAGUUUUUUGUUUUUCUAUUUCGCUCGCUGUGCCUGUCAUCUGCAUAAAACCUUGGACUCUAUUAUGAGGUCAACAACAACAAAUGAUGUACACAAAUGGCGUGC